UGCGAGCCAUAAUCCCAGCUUUCCGCCAACAAAUCCAUGCAAAUGCUGGUAACAAAGCUUAAACGAAUCAAGCAAUCCUGCCGUCCCUGCACAGACCAUUGCCGAUCAUUCCUAUACCACCUGCAUUCCGCCUAGCCCCUCACCACCACACCACCUCAUUUAGAGAUGACUGACUCCGCCCCACUCCUUUCUCACGAUCAAUUCACUCCCCAUGUCAUGACCAACAUAAAAUCCCCCAUCUCACCCCCCAAUGCGCAACAAACUCCUCAACUGUCUCCCUAGCAUGCGCUGGGUCCCACACGACAUCCCGGCCACGGCCAGCACUUCCCAAGCCCAGUCUAGCUCACGCACACACCGAUCACGCUUCUCUCGAAAGGCUACCAAAGACCACGAGUCCUCUAUUGCGCCUCCUCUCCACCAUCGAAAAAGCACAUUGAGUAUUACAUCUGUCCCUGAUCCCGAACUCGAUGCGCGAACACAUGUACAAGCGCAGAGUCCAUUUUUCAAGAAACUGCCGAUUGAGAUUAGGAUGAUGGUCUAUGAGUUGGUCAUGGGGGAGGAGGUUGUGCAUUUGACGCUGGGGAGUAAGGGGAGGCUUGGACAUUUUGUAUGUGAGGAUGAGGGGAAGGAGGAGGAGGUUUUGGGGCAAGAAUGUGGGUGUCGCGUGCUUGUCGGCGGGAGGGAUUGUAGGAGGCUAGAGCGGUGGAGGGUGAGGUUUUUGAGGGUUUGUCGGAGAGUAUACUCCGAAGCCAUCUCUAUCCUCUAUAAAGCCCACCCCUUCUCCCUCCUCCACUCUACUCACCUCCUCUACCUCCCCACCCACCUCCCGUCCCCCCGCCUCAACAACAUCCGCAUCCUCCGCCUCCGCUGGGCCAUCCGCGCACUCCCUUACUUCCGCCGCCCACACUCCAAGAAAAUCGCCUACCCCGAAGACACGCUAAAUUGGCAGCGUGGGUGGCACAUCAUCGCUUCUAUGAAAGGUCUGCGAGAGCUAUUCGUAGUGUUGGCGGAUCCGUCGCCGUUUAAGAUGUGGGAGCAGAAGUGGAUUGAGUUGGAGAAGGAACUAUUGGCGCCUGUGAAGUUGGUGAUUCAGCCCAGGUGGUUUGAGCUUUGGUUGCCGUAUUCGGGGAGUAAUGUGGGACUUGACAUGGGGGGUUCGAGUUGUCGGUUGAGGAAGCCUGAUGGGCUGGAGGAAGGCGAGGAGGAGGAUUAGGAGGCCAAUGUUAGCGGGCUAUAUCGCAUGGUUUGGGAAUCCAGGAGCAGAUGUCCGUGAGAAAACCACUAAGAGGAAUGGGAAUACUUGAGA